AGCGGGGCCGCGCACGGCGAGGUCCGCGAGCCAGGCCGGCGCCCCGAAGCCAUUUCCGGGAGGGGCGGGGCCGGCUGCGGCCGGGCCUCUAAUCCUGGCGGCGGCGGAGGCGACCUGGGACCUCGAAUCCUUUGGCUCGCGAAUCGGUCGCGCGCUGAGGUAGACGUGGAACGUGGAGCUGGCAGGCGUGGGAGAGUGCUCGAGGGAAGGAGACUGGAAGCUGGUUCCGGCGUGAGGAGAUUCUGAAGAAGGGGAGCAAGGAGAGGAGGCUGAACGAGGAAGAUGCCUAGCACAGACCUUCUGAUGUUGAAGGCCUUUGAGCCCUACUUAGAGAUUUUGGAAGUAUACUCCACAAAAGCCAAGAAUUAUGUAAAUGGGCAUUGCACCAAGUAUGAGCCCUGGCAGCUAAUCGCAUGGAGUGUCGUGUGGACCCUGCUGUUAGUCUGGGGAUAUGAGUUUGUCUUCCAGCCAGAGAGUUUAUGGUCAAGGUUUAAAAAGAAAUGUUUUAAGCUCACUAGGAAGAUGCCCGUUAUUGGUCGUAAGAUUCAAGACAAAUUGAACAAGACCAAGGAGGAUAUUAACAAGAACAUGUCAUUCCUGAAAGUGGACAAAGAGUAUGUGAAAGCUUUGCCCUCCCAGGGUCUGAGCUCAUCUGCAGUUUUGGAGAAACUUAAAGAGUACAGCUCUAUGGAUGCCUUCUGGCAAGAGGGGAGAGCCUCUGGAACUGUGUACAGUGGGGAGGAGAAGCUCACUGAGCUCCUUGUGAAGGCUUAUGGAGAUUUUGCAUGGAGUAACCCCCUGCAUCCAGAUAUCUUCCCAGGAUUACGCAAGAUAGAGGCUGAAGUUGUGAGGAUAGCUUGCUCCCUGUUCAAUGGGGGACCAGAUUCAUGUGGAUGUGUGACUUCUGGGGGGACAGAAAGCAUAUUGAUGGCCUGCAAAGCAUAUCGGGACCUGGCCUUGGAGAAGGGGAUCAAAACACCAGAAAUUGUGGCUCCCCAAAGUGCCCAUGCUGCAUUUAACAAGGCAGCCAGCUAUUUUGGGAUGAAGCUUGUGCGGGUCCCACUGACGAAGAUGAUGGAGGUGGAUGUGCGGGCAAUGAAAAGAGCCAUCUCCAGGAACACUGCCAUGCUCGUUUGUUCUACCCCACAGUUUCCUCAUGGUAUAAUGGAUCCUGUCCCUGAAGUGGCCAAGCUGGCUGUCAAAUACAACAUACCCCUUCAUGUCGAUGCUUGUCUGGGAGGCUUCCUCAUCGUCUUUAUGGAGAAAGCAGGAUACCCACUGGAGUACCCAUUUGAUUUCCGGGUGAAAGGUGUGACCAGCAUUUCAGCUGAUACCCAUAAGUAUGGCUACGCCCCAAAAGGCUCAUCAGUGGUGUUGUAUCGUGACAAGAAGUACAGGAACUAUCAGUUCUUCGUUGAUACAGAUUGGCAGGGUGGCAUCUAUGCUUCCCCAACCAUUGCAGGCUCUCGGCCCGGUGGCAUUAGCGCAGCUUGUUGGGCUGCCUUGAUGCACUUCGGUGAGAACGGCUAUGUUGAAGCUACCAAACAGAUCAUCAAAACUGCUCGCUUCCUCAAGUCAGAACUGGAAAAUAUCAAAGGCAUCUUUGUUUUUGGGAAUCCCCAAUUGUCAGUCAUUGCUCUGGGAUCCCAUGAUUUUGACAUCUACCGAUUAUCAAACCUGAUGACUGCUAAGGGGUGGAACCUAAACCAGCUGCAGUUCCCACCCAGUAUUCAUUUCUGCAUCACGUUAGUACACGCCCGGAAACGAGUAGCUAUACAAUUCCUGAAGGACAUCCGAGAAUCCGUCACUCAAAUCAUGAAGAAUCCUAAAGCGAAGACCACAGGAAUGGGUGCCAUCUACGGCAUGGCCCAGACAACUGUGGACAGGAAUAUGGUUGCAGAAUUGUCCUCGGUCUUCUUGGACAGCUUGUACAGCACAGACACUGUCACCCAGGGCAGCCAGAUGAAUGGUUCUCCAAAACCCCACUGAGCUUGGACCCUUUCUAGUCCCAAGGGGCUUCCAGCCUUCAGAAGGUUCUUGGGGUAUGGAACAGUCCAUACACAACUUUGACAUCUGGUCUGGCUCCAUAGAGCACAACUCAAGAUAGACUAUGAGAUAGCUUGAGCCUCAGGAUUCUUGUUCCUCCUCUUGUCAUCCUUUUGUGGUUUUUAAUUUGAAGACCCCAGAGGAUUCCAUUAUAUAAUGAUUUUGCCCUUGUUAUAAAUGUUACCCUAGGAAUUGUUCUAACCAUUUCCUUUUCUAAACUCUCUAGCUUUCAACUUCACUUAAACAUUGUGUGGCAGCUGUGACCUGUCCUGAUUCUGUAGAGAAGCUGGGGUGCAGUUUAUGAGAUAGCUAGAGUUUCUUUCUUAGGCUGGAGGCGUUUACGUAACAGAUGUUUCCCCAGCUGGUUGUGAGGUGUACUCUAAGCAGGCGGCUUUUUCAGCCCCCCAACCCACCCUUUUUUUUGAGACGGAGUUUUGCUCUUUUGCCCAGGCUGGAAUGCAGUGGCAUGAUCUCGGUUCACUGCAACCUCCACCCCCCAGGUUCAAGCGAUUCUUCUGCCUCAGCCUCUCGAGUAGCUGGGAUUACAAGCGCCUGCCACCACGCCCAGCUAAUUUUUUGUAUUUUUAGUAGAGACGGAGUUUCACCAGGCUGGUCUCAAACUCCUGAUCUCAGGUGAUCCACCUGCCUUGGUCUCCCAAAGUGCUGGGAUUACAGGUGUGAGCCAUCAUGCCCCCACCCUCUCUGUCUUACGAGUAGGUUCGUUGUCUAUCUUAGAAUCACUUCUGUUGCAACUCAUUUUGUUUUUCCAGGACACAGAUCAGCCAGGCUGCUGCUCCCUAAUACGCAGGACAGGGCUAUUCUAGCUUACUUGCCUAAUCCUCUCAGGCAGGGUUUGGGGUGGUCUUUUCUGUGUCUGCAGUCCCCAUCUGACACUUGGUUGCCACCAUUUUUGGAGAUUCUUGUUUAAAACGAUGCUCCCAUUGACUUGUUCUUGUUACCAUGGACUAGGAAGAAAACACAGUUUCCAAAUAUUCUAGGAGCUUUUGGCCAUGGUUGCUGCUUCCUGGAAUUGCUGGUAGUCAAAGCACACCUGAGCUCUAUCCUGGACUGGUGGUGAGCAGAAACCAGGCCUUUUGCUAUGCUUUUCUGAAUGGUCCUCCAAAACCAUUCAUAUUAGUUAGGAUCUGAAGGCUGUCAUUCAGAUAUUCAGAUUUCCUGACUAUCUGAAUAGGAUGAGCAUCCAGAUUCAAAUUUGUCACCAGAGUUGGUGGUGGUCCUUCCCUGCACCCUUGCGAUAAGCCAUCAUGUAAUGAAAAUAUGUUUGCUUGAAGGAACAGCUCAAAGCACCUUCACAAGUUGCCUUGACUUACCCUAGGUGGGUGUGAAAGAGCACCUAUUGCAAGGAAAAUUUUCUCUAUUAGUGUGUUCUUCUGCCUCUUCCCCCUUGAUUCAGCUUUCUAAGGUACUAUGGCAGUUUUGCCUCAGGUGCUGGACAUUUCUCAGCCGUGGCAGCAUAGGGAGAGAAACAGGAAAGCAGAAUGGCGAGCAGCCUUAUGGCCCAGGGCCUAUAAUCCUAAGACGAGCUGCUCAGGGUGGUGCAGGGACAGGACCAGACCCUGCGCUACCUCCUGCCCUCUUUCCCCUGUAGAGAACUCUCCCCUAGGCUGAGCCACUAUCCUGCUCUAAUGACAUCAUACCAUGUGCCUUCCUCCUCAGCAGUGAGCAGUGAGCACUCCUGGCCCAGGCCUUAGGGGAAAUUUGGAUCAGUCUUUGAGGUUUCUAUUUGGGUAGGGGAGUACUUAGGACAGGUCAGGAGACACUUUCCUCUGUUCCAUUCCCCAUCUCAGGGACUCCUGAAUAUUCAGCCUCUCCAGGCUGGUAUCUUCUAGUUUUCCCCACUGGGAAUGCUGGCUGGGAGAGCCAUGACUACCAGACUUUUCCUCAAGCUCCUUAGCACAUUAGUCUAAAGUGUUCUUGAGCACUGUACUACUUACCCAACAACUGUGACUAGGUGGCCACGCCAUUUAGGGCUGGUGUGGCAUUUAUGUGUGUGUGUGUUCUUCCUGUUUGCUCCACAUUGCAUUGUGGGUUCCAAGAGUGGGCAAUGUUUGUGUGUGUGUGUGUGUCAGAGGGAGACCUGGCAGGUACCUCUUUGAGAGUAGUUGUAGUCAAAGCUGUGUGGUCAGUGCAUUAUGUUGGAGGAGGUCCAGGAAGCCAGAACCACCCAGCAGACAGACACCACUGUGGCUUGCCAGCUGCCAAGAUGGAGAAGCAUGUCCCCUACGGAGUGUCUCCCCAGAACCAGACCCCUGAGCCACUCGCUUCCUCUGUGCUGUGACAACAUUGGUGCCAGGGGAGAUGGUGUUUUUCAAAGGGACCUACUGUAGCCACUUUAAUUUACAAUUAAGAGCCUUAGUUUGACUUAACACUUGUGUAGGCUUUUCAUUUUGUAUUUUUGUGUAUGUGUGCAUAUAGCAACUAGUCUGUGGCAGAGGUGGGUAGAGAGUCUUAAUAGUAUCAUGUCGCAUGCAGAUGUCACAUCGGCCUCUGCAAAAGCUGUACUGUCUUAUUUCUGCAUUAGACUUAAGUAGUCAUGUGAAACACUGCUGUGUCACUUUUAAUAUUACGAGUUUUAUACUUGGAAAAUGGUACUUGCUUAUUUUAAAUCUCUUAUCUUCUCCAACCUCCCCCUUCUCAUCUCAACCCUCCCUUCCUAAUUGCAGCAAUAAUCUCAAAAAGCAAUUAAAUAGUUAAAUGACCCUAACUGUAAGUACUGUGAAUGGUUGCAUUCAUUUGAUUACUUGGGCACAGACAAGAUCACAAAUGGGGCGGUGGCCAUGCUUGAAUGGGCUCCUGGUGAGAGAUUGCCCCCUGGUGGUGAAGCAAUCCAUCUGCUUUCCCGACACAGUUAAGCGGCAAUCUAUCUCAUUUCCAGGUAUGUUAAUAGGUUGCUGAUUGGUCCCUGCACUAGGAGUAGUGGUCAUAUCUAUUUCAGAGAGGUCUGAAAUUCAGGUUCUUAGUUUGCCAGGGACAGACCCUGUCUUAUGUUUUCUUCCCUCUUCAUCAUCCACUUCUGCCCACACUUUGCUGCUUACAACAACAAGGGAUUGAGCCGUCUGGGCGGUCUCUAGCCAGCUGGGCAGUAUGGUUCUUUCUAACCAAAGGGCAUUGGCCUCAAGCCCUACAUUUGGUUUAGGGGCUGACAGAGCUCCUCAGAUAAUCUUCUCACACAUGUAACUGCUGGACAUCUUAUUCUAUUAUGAAUAAGAAAUGAGAAGUUUUCCCAAAGGGUUAGUUAGGAUCUGAAGACUGUCAUUCAGAUAAUUCACCUUUUCCUUUUGGCUUUUGGCCCAUUCAGACUUUGCCAGAAUCAAGCCAAGGACUGCUUUUUGUUGCUACAGUUUUCUGCCAGAUAGCCUAGUUCCUGAGUACCUGGAAACCAGAGAGAAAGAGGAUCCAGUAUAUGCCUGGGUUAGGACGCCUGGUUCAUCUAGGAAGUCACGUCUGGGGUGCUUAUUGCUGCUCCAUACAGCUGCAGGCCCGCCCCUUGGCCUUCUCUGUAGGUUCUGGGCAGCCAUGAACAGCUUUCAGCCAGUGACAAGUAGUUACUGAGUCCUAAUUUGAUAGCCACAAACUAUACCCAGGGUAGGCAAAGUCAGAUUUUUGAGAACCUUUUCUUGACUUGAAGUUUUUAUUACCUUCUUUUAUGCUUUCCUCUGUCUCGUAAUUUCUUCUCUCAAUAUCCUUCCCUAUAAUUUCAAUUAUUUGGAUUACUUUUAGAAUAAACUUAUUUCUAAAAAAAAAAAAAAAAA